GGUUCAAAGAACUUCAAAGUUUCCGUGGCGAGUCACGAGCAAUGCUUAUUCCACAAAAAAUGACACAGAGGGGUUGUUUUCAUUGGAUUUAAAGAGCGGCCGAAACCUCGAGUGCGAAGUUGAAAAAAGUUACUUAGUAGGGAACGGUGAUUUGUGAUUUGUGCCCUCUGUUUCCCUCUAGAUAUCUCACGCUGAAAUAGGAACUACCCCUGAAACACACAUGGUACAAUCCAAUGCACCUUUUGAUCAUUCCAGCAGAAGCAGCAGCGACUGACUGUGGACAACAUUUCAAGGUUCUUGGUGGAGUUGCGGCGUCCUGAUUUGUCUGUAGUUUAACUUAACCCGUGACCGAAUGGGAUCACAGACGCCUUAAACAAUGGUGUUUAAAGAGUUAUUAAUCUAAUUCAGUUGAUCUGAAGGGUGCUGGUACUUGAAAGAAACAUUUGCGAAAAUACAGCGCGACCGAGAGAGGAUUCUUCACGAUGAGGCUCACUGCGGUGCUUUGUGGCAGUCUUUUAACUUUCAUGCUUCUCGCCGAAGGUGUUUUAAGUGCUGCUGAAUGCUCCUGUGGAAGAAAUCACUUCACAUGUGCGGUCAGUGCAUUUGGCGAGUGCACAUGCAUCCCGGCACAGUGGCAGUGUGACGGGGACAAUGACUGCGGGGAUCACAGUGAUGAAGACGGCUGCAUAUUGCCCACAUGCUCACCACUAGACUUUCACUGCGAUAAUGGAAAAUGCAUCCGACGCUCAUGGUUAUGUGAUGGAGACAAUGACUGUGAGGAUGACUCCGAUGAACAAGACUGUCCACCACGAGAAUGUGAGGAAGAUGAGUUCCAUUGUCAGAAUGGAUACUGUAUCCGCAGCCUGUGGUACUGUGAUGGAGACAAUGACUGUGGAGAUAACAGUGAUGAGCAGUGUGAUAAGAGGAAGUGCUCCGAUAAAGAGUUCCGCUGCACUGAUGGAAGUUGCAUUGCAGAACACUGGUACUGUGAUGGAGACACCGACUGCAAAGAUGGAACCGAUGAAGAGAAUUGCCCAUCUGACGUGAUGACAGCCACAUGCAGUGUUGAGGAGUUUCAGUGUGCAUAUGGCCGUUGCAUUCUGGACAUCUACCACUGUGAUGGAGAUGACGACUGCGGUGACUGGUCUGAUGAGUCUGACUGUUCCUCCCACCAACCGUGCCGUUCUGCAGAGUUCAUGUGCAGCAGUGGCAUGUGUAUAAAUGCAGGCUGGAGGUGUGAUGGAGAAUACGAUUGCGACGACCAAUCAGAUGAAAAGAACUGCAGCACAUCAAUGUGCAUGGCUGAUCAGUUUCGCUGUAUGUCUGGUCGAUGUGUGCGGUUGUCAUGGCGCUGUGAUGGAGAAAAUGACUGUUCUGAUGGCAGUGAUGAGGAAGGCUGUGAAAAGACAGAAACUCCUCCAUGUGCAUCGGAUCAGUUCCUGUGUGAGAAUGGCCGCUGUAUUGGCCAGCGUAAGGUUUGUAAUGACAUCAAAGACUGUGAAGAUGGAUCUGAUGAACAUCCAUACCAGGACUGCCGCUCCAAGUCAAGUGAAGAAACUUGUAAUGUUAACAAUGGAGGUUGCUCACAGAAAUGCCAGAUGUCUCGAGGUCUGGUGCAGUGCACUUGUCACACCGGCUACACAUUAACACAGGAUGGGAAGACGUGCAGAGAUGUGGAUGAGUGCGCGGAUGAAGGUUAUUGUAGUCAACGCUGUACCAACAUAGAAGGAGGAUUCCACUGCUGGUGUGUUCAAGGUUAUGAGCUUCGGCCUGAUAAACGCAGUUGCAAGGCUUUGGGUCCAGAGCCGGUUUUGUUGUUUGCCAAUCGGAUUGACAUCCGACAGGUUCUACCGCACCGCGCGGAGUACACAUUGUUACUCAAUAAUCUGGAAAAUGCCAUUGCGUUGGACUUUCAUCAUAGCAAAGAGCUAGUAUUCUGGUCAGAUGUCACACUGGACCGUAUCAUGAGAGCCAGCCUCAACGGUAGCAAUGUGGAGGAGGUCGUGUCCACGGGUCUUGAGAGCCCAGGUGGUCUGGCCAUAGACUGGAUUCAUAAUAAGCUGUACUGGACUGACUCAGGAACAUCUCGUAUUGAAGUGUCCAAUCUGGACGGCACACACCGUAAAGUGCUUUUAUGGCAGAGAAUGGAGAAACCCCGUGCCAUUGCUCUGCACCCCAUCGAAGGGAAGAUUUACUGGACUGACUGGGGAAAUAUGCCACGCAUUGAAUAUGCCAACAUGGAUGGUUCUAAUCGGAAAAUAAUUGCUGAUACACACCUAUUCUGGCCUAAUGGACUUACCAUUGACUAUGCCAGUCACCGUAUGUACUGGGUGGAUGCCAAACACCAUGUCAUUGAAAGAGCUGACCUGGAUGGGAAGAAUAGAAAAGCUGUCAUUAGCCAAGGUCUUCCACAUCCUUUUGCCAUCACAGUGUUUGAAGACAGUCUAUACUGGACCGACUGGCACACCAAGAGUAUCAACAGUGCAAACAAGUUUACUGGCAAGAACCAAGAGGUCAUCCGGAACAAGCUGCAUUUUCCCAUGGACAUCCACACACUGCACCCGCAGAGGCAACCUGCAGGAGGGAGAAAUCGCUGUGGGAGCAAUAAUGGGGGCUGCAGUCACCUGUGUCUUCCAAGCAAUAAGACCUACACCUGUACAUGUCCUACAGGCUUUAAAAAGGUGGACAACUAUACCUGUGCCCAAAGUCUUGACAAGUUCCUGCUUUUUGCCCGAAGGACGGACAUCCGUCGAAUCAGCUUUGACACUGAAGACAAGUUGGAUGAUGUCAUUCCACUGGCUGAUAUUCGAAAUGCAGUGGCCCUGGACUGGGAUUCCAGUGAGCGAUAUAUAUACUGGACCGACGUCACCACUGAUUCCAUCAACAGAGCAAAAUGGGAUGGCACCAAACAGGAGGUUGUGGUGGACACAAGCUUGGAAAGCCCUGCAGGUCUAGCUAUUGAUUGGCUUACACAUAAACUGUACUGGACUGAUGCAGGCACAGACCGGAUUGAAGUUUCAAACACAGAUGGAAGCAUGCGUACAGUUCUGAUCUGGGAGAAUCUUGAUCGUCCCCGGGACAUUGUUGUUGACCCAAUUGGCGGAUUCAUGUACUGGACAGAUUGGGGUGCAAAUCCUAAAAUUGAGCGUGCUGGAAUGGACGCAUCCAACCGUACUGUUAUCAUCUCAACAAACCUGACGUGGCCUAAUGGGUUGGCAAUCGACUACAACACAGAGAGGCUGUACUGGGCAGAUGCGAGCAUUAAAACCAUUGAGUAUGGCAACUUUGAUGGAUCAGGCAGACAGGUGUUGAUUGGCAGUCAGUUGCCUCAUCCGUUUGGGUUGACACUCCAUGAAGACAGAAUUUACUGGACAGACUGGCAAUCCAAGAGCAUCCAAAGUGCAGACAAGUUUACUGGUUUGGACCGAAGAACGCUGGCAGAAAACCUUGAAAACCUCAUGGACAUUCACAUGUUCCACCAUCAUAGAACUACAGUCCAGACGCCCUGUUCGGUGAAUAAUGGUGGCUGCAGUCACCUUUGCCUCCUGGCUCCUGCUCCCAAAUCCUCAAGCUGUGCUUGUCCCACUGGUAUCAACCUACAGGCGGAUGGCAAGACCUGCACUCACGCAAUGAACAGCUUUCUUAUCUUUGCCCGGCGGACAGACAUCAGAAUGAUUUCUUUGGACAUCCCAUACUUUGCUGAUGUUGUUCUGGCAGUCAGUGCGUCUAUGAAGAACACGAUUGCCAUUGGAGUGGAUGCCGUAGAAGGUAAAGUGUACUGGUCAGACAGUACGUUAAAGAAAAUCAGCAGAGCCAAUAUCAAUGGUACUGAACAUGAGGACAUUAUUUCAACUGGUCUAAUGACCACAGAUGGUCUGGCAGUGGAUUCAGUAGGCAGAAAAAUCUACUGGACAGACACCGGGACAAACCGCAUUGAGGUUGCUAAUCUCAAUGGCUCCAUGAGAAAAGUGCUUGUGUGGCAGAACCUGGACAGCCCUCGUGCAAUCGCCCUGUUCCAUGAGAUGGGGUACAUGUACUGGACCGACUGGGGUGAACAUGCCAAACUGGAGCGCUCCAGUAUGGAUGGUUCAGAUCGUGUAGUUCUGAUAAAUAAUAAUCUCGGCUGGCCUAAUGGACUUGCCAUAGAUAAAGAUGGUUCACAACUACUCUGGGCUGAUGCACAUACUGAGAGGAUAGAAGCAGCUGAUCUUAAUGGUUCAAACCGGAGGACCCUGGUGUCUCCUGUGCAGCACCCGUACGGCCUCACUCUGUUGGGGCCACAUAUGUACUGGACCGACUGGCAGAGUCGCAGUAUUCAUAGAGCAGACAAGGGAACUGGAGCAAACACCAUCACAGUCCGCUCCAACUUACCUGGUCUCAUGGACAUACAGGCCGUUGACCGUGCGAAACCUUUGGGCUUCAAUAAAUGUGGCAGGAGAAAUGGCGGCUGCACUCACCUGUGCCUUCCUCGGCAUAAUGUGACGUCUUGUGCUUGUCCCACUGGUAUUCUGCUGAAAAGUGAUGGAAGAUCAUGUGACAGUUUGCCUGAAACAUACCUGCUGUUUUCGAAUCGCAUCAGUGUUCGACGAAUCUCUCUAGACACUAAUGACCAUACAGAUGUGUACGUUCCUGUGCCCGAGUUGCAUAAUGUUAUUUCGUUGGACUAUGACAGCGUGGAGAGGAAAUUGUACUAUACAGAUGUGUCACUGGAUGUUAUCAGACGGGUAAAUUUAGAUGGCAGCAAUAUGGAAACUGUGAUCAGUCAUGGUCUGAAGACCACUGAUGGACUUGCUGUCGACUGGGUCGCCCGCAACAUGUACUGGACAGACACUGGCCGUAACACCAUUGAAGUGGCUCACUUAGAUGGUACAUCUCGGAAAGUUCUGGUGAAUAACAGUCUGGAUGAACCAAGAGCCAUUGCUGUGUUUCCUAGCAAAGGGUUCUUGUUCUGGACAGAUUGGGGUCAUAUCGCAAAGAUUGAGCGAGCAUACCUGGAUGGUACAGACAGAAAAGUCCUCAUUAACACAGAUCUGGGAUGGCCAAAUGGCUUGACACUGGACUAUGACACUCGCAGGAUCUUUUGGGUGGAUGCACACUUGGACCGCAUAGAAAGUUCUGACUUGAAUGGCAAACUGCGUCAAAUUCUCAUCAGCCCCGUCUCACACCCGUUUGCCCUCACGCAGUUGAAACCGGUAUACUCUCCUUUAACUCCUUUUUCCCGAAUCUCACAGCAAGACCAUUGGAUUUACUGGACGGACUGGCAGACCAAGUCUAUUCAGCGAGUAGAUAAGCAUACAGGUCGUAGUAAGGAAACUGUGCUGGCUAAUGUAGAGGGCCUCAUGGACAUCAUAGUGGUGUCACCACAAAGGCAGACUGGUACAAAUUAUUGCGGUGUGAAUAAUGGGGGUUGCACACACUUGUGUCUUGCGAAGAGUAACAGUUUUGUGUGUGCAUGUCCAGAUGAGCCUGACGGCAGACCGUGUUCUACAAUCUCUGGUUACAUUCCCACGGCACCUGAGAAGGGCACCAUGGGUACUCGGGCCCCUAAACCCCCCACCACAGUGAAACCUCACAAAGGCCUGUCAGUGGUCAAUUGUACAGAUGCAAGUCACAAUCCAGAGGACUGCUCUCAGAACAAUGUUGUGUCUGCACCUCGUGAUGAGAGCCCUCAUAUCAGCUACGUGAUUGGUGGAGCUCUGUCAAUUUUGGCGAUCCUGAUACUCAUAGCUGCAUUCAUUAUUUACAGGCACAAAAAAUUCAAGUUUGCAGAUCCAGGAGUGAGCAACUUGACUUACAGCAACCCUUCAUACAGAACUUCAACACAGGAGGUUAAAAUAGAAACUGCCCAAAAACCUACAAUAAACAACCAACUGCGAUAUAAAAAAGAGGUACAGGGUGUUGGGGAUGGAGGCUACACUAAAGAGAAGAUCCGCAUCGUGGAAGGCGUUUGUCUGCUCUCAGGAGAGGAUCUUUACUGGGAAGACUUGAGACAGUUGAAGGUGUGUCGAGGAGCUGGGCUUCACGCCUGCAUGCGCACAGAUACCGUCUCACUACAGGCAAGCUCUGCCUCUCUGAACGAUGGAGAAACUGAACAGCUGCUGCAGGGUGACCAAUCAGAGUGCUCGAGUAUCAACACCACCCAUGCCAUAACGGCUCAACAUCAUAGUUCACAUCCCGAUACCGGCUGGGUCCCGAAUCGUAAAGCCUCCACUGAGAGCGAAGUGUGAAAAUGUACGAACAGAUGCGGUCAACAUGGAGGCACACAUAUACGGGAAAACAGAAACGUCGUUGGCGAUUUCUCUUCAAAAUUUGCCUGAAAAAGGCUUGAAUGCACACUGUUAUUAGAAGUAAAACAGGUAGGUACAGUCAUAUGGACCAUAUAUAUAUACUUAAGCAGCUGGUACAGAGGAAAGCUAAUGCAUAAAUACUCCAACAGCCAAAUGAACUGUAAAUAGAUUUGAGACAGACCUCAUACUUGAAAGUUUCCUUCGCAUUACUCUAAACGUCAAUAAUACUUAUAUAAAAACGGUACAUGACAUGUGCACACAAACCCUUGCUCAGUUCAUCUGGAUUGCCUCUAAUGUCUUCUGCCCUCUCUUUGGACUACGCAACCUCUUUUUUUUUUUUUUCUUUUUUUUUUUUUUGUGUCCUUUGAACUAUGGAGAAGGUCACAGCACGCUGGAGUCAAAGAACAGACCUUGUGAGAAGGAAAAAAGAAACACUGACUGAUAUUUUGAGCCUUUUUGUAUACAAGAGAAACUCUUUGAAGUAAACUGCUUUUUGUUUCUAAUGCAAGCUUAUGUUAUCAGUUCAUGGACUAUCAGUUUAGGAAAUGCUCAGCAUCCAGCUCUCAUCAUGAUGAAAUGUAUUUAUGAACUUUCUGUACUUUGGAUUGGGUUUUUAAUGUUUUAUUCUUUCGAAGUAGUUUUAAAAGCGUUAGGACUGUUGAAAGACUCGUUCACAAAACCUUGUGAUGGUGCCAAAGGACAGAAUUUACACACUCAUGAAGAAUCUGUUUUUUCAGUCACACUGAAUAAAUUACAGUCCAUUUUAAAGAGUAUUACAGUUAUUUUGUCAAAGGUGAAGCCAUUUUAUAUAUACAUAUACAUAUACACUGUCCAGCCCCAAAAAAGUUGCUGUUUGGAUUUAAACGGCAAAUGCUUAAGAGUCUAUGAUUGGAUCAUUAUUGCAGUGAUUAUUAUUUUUCUAGCAUGUUAAAUGUUUGGCAACAGUUCUUCUAACCCUAAUUGAUGAAGCACGAAGAAUAAUUUUCACACAUGAAUUGGCAUCUCUGAGUCCAGACCUUAAUUUCACUGAAAGUCUUUGGGAUGUGCUGGAGGAGGCUUUACAGAGUGCUCACCUCUUGCAUUGUCAAUACAAGAUUUUGACCAAAAAUUGAUGCACCUCCUGAAGGAAAUAACAUCACAUCAUUAUUUUUUGGUUAAGAUCUUGUAUUGACAAUGCAAGAGGUGAGCACUCUGUAAAGUCUACUCCAGCACAUCCCAAAGACUUUCGAUGAAUUUAAGGUCUUGACUGUCAAUUCAUAUCUAAAAAUGAUUCUUCAUGCUCCCUCCCAACCAUUCUUUCACAAUUUGUGCCUGAUGAAUCCUGACAUUGUCAUCCUGAAAUAUGGCAACGAUUUGUCUUCCUACAUGGUUGUUUAAGAAAUGAAAAGCUACACACUCCAUCAAUCAGGGUUAGAAGAACUGUUGUCAAACAUAUAACAUGAUAAAAACUGCAAUAAUGAUCCAGUCAUAGACUCUUAAGUAUUUGGCUAUUUUAAUUCAAACAGCGGAUUUGUUGUUUUUUGUUUUUUUGGCCUGGCAGUGUGUGUAUAUAUAUAUGGUUAUGGCUUUUCUUGUUUGAUGUUAAAAUAUGUUCAGAGUUUAUAUAGCAACCAAAACAAAAAAAACAGCUAAACAGAAUCUGUAAAGCACCUUGCACUUGCACAUGAUUUAGCCAUCUAUGAAAUUAUAGGGCUACGCUAAUUGUGUAAGUGAAUGCAACUGACUGGGUGAAUGUCACAAAACCUGUCAGGAUCAUGUCCAGGCCAUGUUUUCCCCAAAAUAAGGGAUAGUCCAAGGCUAGCUGUGACGAUUUUAAUGCACAACGUGGAGGCAAAGAACCACCCGACGUGAAACGGAGUGCAUUCAAAUUGUUUUACGCACAGCUAGCCAUGGAUUAUCACGCUUAUACCAUGGUCAUUUGCUGGCAUUGACAAGUUAAAGCUAUUAUUGGUGUUUGCAGCACAAUAUUUGAUUGGAAGGGUAGAAAUGACGGUUAUUUUCAUCAGUUACGGCUCUAGAUAGAUCUAGCAUUCUGUCUGCUUUAAAUCAGACACAGAGAUAAAGUAGUGAAUGAGCUAUAGCAUUUAUUUGCUUUAAUUAUCGAGAGAGAGAGAGAGAGAGAGAGAGAGAGAGAGAUGUAUGUGAAUUACCUGCAGCUGUGAGUUUAAUUCCUUCAAAAACAGCGACGUAACCCCCUCUUUGCUGAGAAAUAUAAUGUAGCAAUUCAGUACUGAAGCUAUUUCAUUAAUAAAAGUAACAGGCAGCAUUGAUACAUUUCUGUGCUUCGAUCUCGGUGUGUGAGUGAUGUGUGUGUGCUCUUCAGUGAAAACAGUGCAUUAAUAUAGAACGGUGAUUAAACUGACUGGAACUACUGGUUUUAAUGCACACCUUCCAGCCAAUCUGAAUUGAGUAUACAGACAGACCAUGGUAUAAUCUAAAAUAGACUAUAUAUAUAUAUAUAUAUAUAUAUAUAUAUAUAUAUGGUUUAAUUUUUACUUUGAAAUGGUUUUGGGAUAUUCACCCUAUAUAUUUGGAAAUGUGUAUGAUGCUUUCAAAUUUGUUAUGUACAUGUUUGUUUUAUAUAAAGAUUAUUUGAGGAUUGUUAUAAACCCAUAUGUGUUUGAGUUCUCAAAACCCCCUUGGAGUUGGUUCUCCGAGGUUCAGGACUAUGUUUUUGCUGCUAAAACACAUGGCGCAUUUAGGCCACAUAGUAGUUUAUUGGUCUUGGCAGCUCUAAUUGUUGGCUGACGAGGCAACCAGAGAUGAUUGCUGUUUAGAUUUCCUCCCUCCGCUCCUCCUUUUCAGAAAAGAAAUCAGAUUUUCACAAUGGAGUCAAAAUGGUUAAUGUAUACAGAGUCUUUUGAACAAACAUGCAUUAAUUUUAUUCAUUUAAAUUAUAUAACCACUUCAUUUGUUUGUAGGGGUUGGUGCCAGUUAUUUAACAGAGUGCUCUUUUUUUCUGUUUUUGAAAUGUCCAGAAAUUUCAGUCUCAUGUAACUGCUGUAAGUUAACUAAGAUAUAUUUAUAAUUUUCAUUGGUUGUAACUUGUAUGUAAAUAUGAAGAUGCUGUAUAUGUAGUUCUCCUUUGCAGUACUAACAAGCUGUGUGUGACAGUGAUUUACUUUGCUUUUUUUCUAUCUUUAAUAUAAAACUGCAUUUGCUUUUGAAUACAAA